UUAUGUUAUGAUUUCAUUUUUGUUUGAUACAUUUAUUUUACACAUUUACAUUUCGGCAAGCGUUUUGUUGUUAAUUUAAACCCAAGCAGCCAAAAUAUAAGUUAUGGAAGAACUACCCGACACUGAAGAUACCAUAACAAAGCUUAAAUCAUCGUUGCCAUUAUGCAGAGUCUGCUUGGAUGUUUCCAUGGAAUACAUUGAGUUUGAAGCGACUCUUUGUGUUAUUAAUAACCGUGAGAUUACUUCUUACGAAGCGUUUCAUGAACUAUUCCCAGGCGAUCAGGAUUUAUCUCACCAAAAUAUAACACAUUUCUGUGCAACAUGUGGAAAAGAUCUUCUCAACGCUUAUUUAUUUAUGAAACGCAUAGAACAUACAAAUUAUGUUUUAAGCAAAGUAAAGAACUUUACAGAAGAAAAUUCAAAAUUUCUUCUCCAAGAUCAUGACGAUGAAGGAGAAGACGACUACGUCCAAACCGGCACGGAGAUCAAAACAAAUGAUGUGAUAUACUUUGCGAAACAAGAAUCUGAAUGUAGCAAAGGAAAUGAGGAAACCUUUAUAGAAGAUACAGAGAACCUUUUGAAAAAUAAUGGGCUCAACGAUUCGUCGAAUUGUGAUGUUGGUGAACUAAUCAAGGAAGAGGAACUUGCAGAAGCUGAUUGUGAUCUCGAAUAUGAAACAAUUUGCGAUUCCGAAUUUUCGCAGGAGGAAAAAGAUGAAUUAUUAAGUGAGCCAGAAACGCAAUUAUUUCUAACUGGAGAAUUGGAUGAAGUGGAAUAUGAGGACAACAUUGAAUCAACUACUGCGUGGAUAAGUACGGAAUGUGGGAAUUUAGAAGAAAAAAAAGAAGAAAAUUUAGAACAAAAUGAGUUCGAUUUACACGAAAAUUAUAUCAUAAAGUGUUCUCAUUGCGACACAUUUCUUAACAACAAAGAAAUGAAAUCUCAUGUAUUGAAGUUUCAUGGUCAUUUGAAUUUGGAUUGUCCUAAUAAACCUACAGAAAACAAUUUUAAUUGUAAUACCAACCAGACUCGCCAAACAUCUGGAAAUGAUAACCACAAGAAUCUAGAAUACAAUAAGUGCCCAUAUUGCCGAAGAAUGAUACGUAGAUGUAACAUGGAAAAACAUUUGUUAACUCACUCUGCAGGGAUGAAAAAAGUAUUCAAUUGUUCUGUUUGUGAUGGCCAAUUUCCUACAAAGGUUGGUCUAAUACAACACUCUCAUUCACAUACUAACGAUCGUCGACGUUAUGCCUGCCAAAAGUGUGGGAAAAUUUGUUCAAAGCCAUUCACAUUAAGAAAUCACAUGCAAGCAAAACACUUAUCAGAACGUAGAAAACACCAAUGCGAAGAUUGUGGCCUUUUCUUUCUAUUUCCAUCAAAUUUAAAGGAGCAUCGUAGAAAACACAACAUGAAUAAUCGAUUUAAAUGUUCGCAUUGUGAUAGAACAUUUGUGCGAAAGCCACAGCUAGACAUUCAUAUGCGAUAUCAUUUGAAUGAAUUCCCCUAUAAGUGCGAUCAAUGUGACAAAUGUUAUGUUUCCAAAAGUAAUUUAACUGAUCACAUAAGAUCGAAGCACACCAAGACAACAUACGACUGUGAUAGAUGUAAGCAAAAAUUUAAAUCACAAACUGGACUUAGGAAGCACAAAUAUGUCCAUGACGGAUACCCCUACAAUUGUCCAUUAUGUAAUGUUGGACAAACUUCGCGAUCUGGAAUGAAACAACACUUGAUGGGAGUUCACAAAGAUGCACUAACGGAAGCUGAAUUCGAUAUAAUGUUUCCUAUUAUAAUUCCAAAGACUGACAAGUGCUUUAUUAUGGAAGAUUACGAAUUAUUAGAAAUAGCAGUGUGUCGAGUUUGUCUUAAAUCCACCCAUGAUUAUAUGGAGUUGGACGCGCUCAUGCAAAAUGAUGAAGACGAUGAUCCCCUAACUUAUCUCGAAUGCUUCAAAUCUUGUACUCAACUGGAUAUCCAACUAGACGAUGAUCAACCCAAGCAAAUAUGUUUACCAUGCUCCAACGAGCUAUGGGCAGCCUAUGAAUUUAUUACAAAAGCUAGAGUCUCCCAUGAGGUUCUUAUAACUCGACAACUAAGAUAUGAAGAAGUUAAAUCUGAGAACGGAGACAUAAGUAAUGAAGAGCAACACGAAAUCGAUUCCAAAUCAAUUGAUAUUGAUACUACUGAAAAAGUUGAUGAAGAAGUUUUAUACAUGUCGAUGGGAGAUAAUGAACUUGUGGAGGAGGAAGUGGUAGAAAGUUUCCAAGCAGAAAAUAACUUCGCUGAAGAAACAGAAAUCUGCGAAAGUAACAAGGACAAAUUGGAACUAGAAAAUCAAGCUGACGAUGAGGUCGUCUCGAUAGAUGAUUUUAAUGAAGAAGAUAUCAUCGAAAGCGUAGAUAGUUCGCUUUCUACAAUAAAAUGCAAUCUUUGCAGGCAAACCUUCUUAAGUUUAAAUGAAUUAAGAGAACAUGGCGAACUGGAGCAUGAGAACGCACAAUAUUGUUGUCAAACAUGCUUCCAUCGCUUUACCUUUAUGUAUGGUCUAACCGAUCACAUUAAGCGCAGGCAUGACACGUCCUAUGUAAAAUGUAACACAUGUAAAACUCUAGUACAAAGCUGUUUGAUGCGCUCUCACAAAAGAAAAGAACAUGCAAACCCAACAUUUCUCUGCACCGCAUGUCCGCGUACAUUUAAAACCUCAGCUGGCCUUCAAAUUCACAGCGAAACUCACAAAGAGAAUCGCCAGAGAAAUUUCGAAUGUGAGCAAUGCAAUAAAAAGUUUCUCACCGAGCGAACGUUCAAAGUUCACGCUCGUACUCAUUGGGAGCGAAAACACUUCAAGUGCGAAUUGUGUGACAAACAAUUUUUACAAAAAAUCAACCUCAAACUCCAUAUGCAGAUGCAUCGUGGUGAAACCAUGGACUGUAUACAUUGUGAAAAAAAAUUUGUUCGUAAGACAGAUUUGACCGUUCACAUGCGAUUCCAUACCGGAAAUUUCCCCUACGAAUGUCCGCUGUGCGAUAAACGCUUUGCGAUUGUCAGCCAUUUAAAUUACCACAAGAAACGGCAUCAGGGCUAUGUAUAUAAAUGUGAUGUUUGCGAAAAAGAGUUUAUUAACAAGUCAGGAUUGAGGAAUCACUCCUUUCAACACACAAUAAUGCCAUUUAAUUGUUUACUUUGUGAUAAGGGAUUUCCUACCAAAUUCAAAAUAAAAAGACAUUUAAAAACUGUACAUCAUGUGGAAGAAAAUGAAAAUUUUGAUCGGUUCAUAACAAAAGAUAAAGUCAAACGUGAAACUAUCGGAGAAGAACCAAUUGAAGAGGGAAUGUUUGAGCAGAUUAUUGAUGAAAAAUUGGAAGAGAGCUGAAUAACAAUUUAUUAAUUUUUGUUUACAUUUUUUUUAAAAUUUAUUUAACUAUUAAAAUUAAAAACAAAAUUAAGUUGAUUUCAUUA